AUGGAUGCAGCAGUUAAGAAGCUGCAGUUUAAUGAGGAAGCAGCAGGAGCAGAGGUUGGAGAGUCCAGCAGAGGCCAGUCAUCUGUGGGCCAGACGAGUGAGGCGCCAGCAGUGGACUUUGAACAAGAGGUUGUCAUGGAUUCUGCAUCUGUGGCAUUGGCUGUUGACCCUGUGGAGGUUGGGGAAGGGUCAAGGUUAGUGGUCAAAUCCAUUCAGGGUCAAUUAGCAGCUUUGGCUUUUAUAAGCAAGGCUCGGGGGUACCCUAAGGCCAUGGGGGACUUCCGUGUUAGGAAGAUGUUGGAGGGAUGGUCACACAAAGCUGUAGUUUGCGCUGAUCCUAGGGAGCCUGUUUCUCCAUCAGUUCUCAAGGGCCUUAUUACAGCCUGGGGCGCCAUUUGUAGCUCAGGAUAUGAGGCCAGAUUAAUUCAUAUGGCUGCUUUAGUAGCCUUUUUGGGGGCUCUGUGCAUUAGCGAGCUGGUUGUCCAGUCUAAGGUGAACGAAUCUGGUCAUGCCUUGAUGGCUUGGGAUAUUAAAUUGGAAUAUAGAAGUGUUUCCCUCACAAUUAGGAGGUCCAAGACGGACCAGAAACAUAGAGAUGUGGUCAUUAGACUGGAGACAUGUGCAGACCUGGAGUUGUGUCCGGUACAAGCUCUCCGUAAAUAUUUACGUAUUUGUGGAGAGGAUCAGGGGGUGUUUUUUAGGCAUGAGGAUCAGUCACCCCUGACACGCUACCAGUUUUGGACCAUGACUGAGAAGGGGGACAAUGUCUGCCCCCAAGUCCAGUUUGAAGCUCUAUUGCUCAGAGACGUAUUUCCUAGCUUAGUGAGGCCUAGGACUUACACUGCCAAUCUUGUGUGCAGGUCAAUAACAAAGUACUAUCAGCAUAUUUUGGCAUUGUCAUUUGCUGUAAAAGAGAUCAAUGAGAAUGCCAACAUCUUACCAAAUACCAGUUUGGGUUUCUACAUCCUCAACAGCUUAAACCAUGCAAGGGUGACUUAUAAAGCCACCCUAAGUUUGCUUUCUACACAGCAGACACUAAUCCCCAACUUCAGUUGUAAAUCCCAGAAGGAGCUUGUAGCGGUCAUUGGAGGACUUUUGUCUGAUAUCUCUGCUGAUAUGGCCACCAUUUUGAACAUCUACAAGACUCCACAGCUCACGCAUGGAUCAUUUUCCCGAGUACGGGAGGAGAAUCACCAAUUCCCUUUCUUGUAUCAGAUGGUCCCCAGUGAGGCCCAUCAGUACAGGGGAGUUGUCCGGUUACUUCAACAUUUUCAAUGGACUUGGAUUGGUCUCUUGGCUAUGGAUGAUGACAAUGGAGAUACAUUUUUGCAAAGAAUUGUGCCAGCACUCUUGGAGAAUAGCAUUUGUUUUGCAUUCAUAUUAAGAUUACCCCAAACAUCUUAUAUAGGAGAUAUGGUAGAUUUAUUUUUAAUGCAGUGGGAAAAAUAUGCAAAUCUCAUGGACACAAGAGCCAAUGUAUGUUUUGUAUAUGCUGAAAUUCCUGCCAUGAUUGUUUUAAGGGUGAUUCUUUUUCAGGCACCCAUGUUUUCUUUACCUCCAGUAGGUAAAGUGUGGAUUGUUACAUCUCACUGGGACUUUGAGUCCAUCUCUGUCCAGGGAAUUUGGGAAAUAAGCAGUUUCCACGGUGCCUUAUCUAUUACCAAUCAUUCCAACCAGCCCCCAGGAUUCCAAAAUUUCCUUCAGCUCAUAAGACCUUCCUGGUCUGAAAGAGAUGGUUUUAUUCAGAACUUCUGGGAACAGGCAUUCAGCUGUUCAUUGAAAAGAUCUAAUGUGCAGGAUGACAAUAAGAGGUCCUGCACUGGUGGGGAGAGGCUGGAGACCCUUCCAAGCACUUUGUUUGAAAUGCGUAUGACUGGCCACAGCUACAAUGUCUACAAUGCAGUCUACGCAGUGGCACACACUUUGCAUGAUAUCCAUAUAUCUAGAUCCCAACAUAGAAGAAUGAUAAAUGGAGGGCAGGUGGACUUCCAAAACAUAAAGGCAUGGCAGUUCCACAACUUUUUAAGGUGCAUCGUGUUCAAUAAUAGCGCCGGAGACACUGUGCGUUUUGAUAAAAAUGGGGAAUUAGUUGCAGGUUUUGAUAUUACUAACUGGAUAACAUUUUCAAAUGGAUCAUUUGUUAGAGUGAAAGUUGGAAGAUUGGAUCCUCAGGCUCCUUCAGACGAACAGCUUACCAUUAAUGAUGACCAAGUUGUGUGGCAUAGCAGCUUUAAUCGGGUACUGCCCCUUUCUGUGUGCAAUGACCACUGUCACCCCGGUUACAGCAGGCAAAAGAAGGAGGGAGAGAAAUUUUGCUGCUAUGAUUGUGUUCCAUGUUCUGAAGGAAUGAUCUCUGAUCUAAUGGAUACGAAUGCCUGCAUCAAAUGUCCAGAAGAUCAGUAUCCCAGCAAGGGCCGCAAUCAAUGCAUGCCCAGGCGUAAAACAUUCCUCUCUUACGAAGAACCAUUAGGAGCCAUCUUAGCCGUGUUAGCUAUUUCUUUAGCCCUGAUGACAGUAUUUAUUUUUGGGAUCUUUGUGAGACACAGAGACACUCCCAUAGCCAGAGCCAACAACCGCGGCCUCACCUACAUUCUCCUGGUCUCGCUCUUUCUUUGCUUCCUCUGCUCCUUGCUCUUCAUUGGACAGCCUGGAAUAAUGACCUGCCUUCUGCGUCAAAUGGCUUUCGGCAUCGUCUUCUCCGUGGCUCUUUCCAGUGUGCUGUCCAAAACCAUCACUGUGGUUCUGGCAUUUAUAGCCACCAAACCAGGAUCCACGGGGAGGAAGUGGGUGGGGAAAAGACCAGCAAAUUCGACCGUCCUUUCCUGCUCUUUUAUUCAAGGAGGGAUUUGUGUUUUCUGGCUGAGUAUUUCUGCUCCGUAUCCAGACACAGACAUGCAAUCAUUGAAGGGGGAAAUUGUAUUAGAAUGCAACGAGGGCUCGGUUCUCAUGUUUUACUGCGUCCUGGGCUAUAUGGGCUUCCUGGCCCUUGUUAGCUUUAUGGUGGCUUUCCUGGCCAGGAAGUUGCCUGACAGUUUCAAUGAAGCCAAAUUUAUCACUUUCAGCUUGCUGAUCUUUUGCAGUGUUUGGCUGUCCUUUGUUCCGUCCUACUUGAGCGCCAAAGGGAAGUUCAUGGUGGCCGUGGAGAUCUUCUCCAUCUUAUCUUCCAGCGCUGGAUUCCUGGGCUGUAUUUUUCUCCCUAAAUGCUACAUCAUUAUGAUGAAGCCUGAGCUGAACAACAAAAAUCAGAUGUUAAGGAGAAAAUGA